AAUGGGCGUGUCCAUCGUCCUUUAAGUAAAAAGUGUGCUGCAGUUUGUGUUUUAAGAUUAGCUGCUAGUCAACUAGCUACAAGUUAUUAUUAUUAUUUCUGCAUAUUUUUUAACAUAUUUUCCUAGAGGGGGUGUUAUUAGCGUAUAUACAUAGAGGAAUUGUUGAUACGAGCAUUAUAAUCAAAGUGUUUGAGGAUGGAAGUCAGUUUGUUAGCAGUGAUUUGUUUUCUGUCUAUUCCAACAUGGACGUCGAGUAGUAGUUCAAGUAGUAUUACUACAAGUACUACUAGUAGUAGUAUUACAAGCGGUACUUUGUUUUCGGAGUCUUACGAUAGUCUUUUUGACAGCGCGGUAGAAGCCUACGACAAACAUGACUGGUUGUCCGUCAUCCUCAACAUGGAGAAAGCGCUUCGGAACCGAGCUGCGGUUUUCAAGGCGAAGACGGGAUGCCGACUCUCCUGCGCCAACCAAACCGCCUUUGGAGAGCCAAUGCCCGGCUUGGGGGUCCCCAUCCCGGGGGUCGGGCCCGUGGAGGACCUGGGCUUCUUCCACAAAAUCCUGCACCGGGCUCACUGCGUCAACGCCUGUGAGCGGAGUCAACUUUCUUUCACGUCCCUGCAUAAAAUCGGCAAAGAAGUGGAGCUGGAGUUUAAGAAGAGGACGCCGUACAACUACUUACAAGUAGCAUAUUUCAAGAUUAAUAAGGUGGACAAGGCGGUGGCAGCGGCCCACACAUUUUUUCAAGCCAACAAAGACCACAUGGAGAUGAGACAGAACCUGGACUACUACAGCGUAAUGCCAGGCGUACAGGAAGAAGACUUUAAAGAUCUCGAAGCCAGGCCACAAAUGGAAAAGUUCCUGCUGGCGAAGAAAUACUACAGCGACAACUCUUUCCAGCCAGCAGCCGAAGUAUUUGAGGAGGCGGUCGAUAAGUACUGGACUGCUGAUAAGGAGUGCAGAGUACUUUGUGAGGGACCAUAUGACUAUGAUGGCUACAGUUACAUGGAGUACAGUGCUGACCUCUACCAGACUAUAACAGACCAUUACCUGCAGGUACUUAACUGCAAGCAACGCUGCUCUGUGGACCUCGCCGUGGCUCCUGGAAAUGACAAACCUUUUGACAACUUCCUGCCCUCUCACUUUAACUAUCUACAGUUUUCAUACUACAACAGUGAAAGGUAUGAGCUGGCCAUAGAGUGUGCUAAGACUUACAUGCUCUUCCACCCGGAUGAUGAAGUGAUGAAGCAGAAUCUCGACUAUUAUUCAGCCGUACUGGGAGUGGACAAAGUAGAAGCCAUAUCAGCAAGACAGACUGUCAAAGCGUAUAUUGAGCGCUCCCUACAAGAGAAAGAACUGCUGUACUUUGGAUACGAAGCCUUCGGAAUAACUUUUGUGGAUCCUGACACAUGGACUCCAGAAGAGAUCAUGCCUUCAAAAUUGAGGGAUAAACAAAAGGCUGAACGAGAGACUGCAGCAAGGAUUACAGAAGAAAUAGGAAACCUGAUGAGGGAGAUCGAGACCCUGGUUGAAGAGAAGAAAAAGGACUCCACAGAUGUAGCAAACAUAUUAGUAGCGCAAGACAAUGUUUCUCCUCCAGAAGGAACUCUUCUAUACGACAACAUAAAGGUGACCAUGACAGCCACACAGAUGAACGGCUCUCAACGGGUCCUAAUGGACGGUGUCGUCACUGAUGACGAGUGCAGGGACUUGCUACGUCUUUCUAAUGCUGCUGCUGUCAAAGGUGAUGGAUACCGAGGAAGUCCUUCUCCCCACACCACCAGUGAAAUGUUCCAGGGAGUCACUGUCCUAAAGGCUCUGAAGCUAGCACAGGAAGGAAAGGUUUCCCUGAAGGGUGCACGUUCGUUCUUCGACAUUAGUGAGAAAGUGAGGAAGGUUUUGGCGUCAUACUUUGGCUUGACUUCCCCGCUGUACUUCUCCUACUCACACCUGGUGUGUCGAUCUGCGAUCGAAGAGAAGCAGGAGAACCGUGAAGAUCCGAGCCAUGCGGUCCAUGUUGACAACUGCUUGCUGGUGUCGGAGCUCAAUGAGUGUUUAAAGGAACCUCCUGCGUACACACAGAGGGACUACAGUGCAGUACUUUAUCUGAAUGACGACUUUGAAGGAGGAGAUUUCAUUUUCACAGAAUUGGAUGCCAAAUCCGUCACGGCGGUGGUACGGCCACAGUGCGGCCGCGUGGUCGCCUUCGGAGCCGGGAAGGAAAACCCGCACGGCGUGAGAGCUGUCACCAAAGGUCAGAGGUGUGCUGUCGCUCUGUGGUUUACCUUGGAUCCGGCUCAUGAGGAAAAGGAGAGAAUCCAAGCUCAGGGUAUGCUGGAAAUGUUCUCCACCUCCGUCAAGUCAGACUUCAUCUCAAACGAGGGUCAAGCAGAGCAGAAGGCUCAGUCAGCAGAUGACAAAAAGGCACAAGCGGUCAACACAGACGUCAAACACAAAGAUGAGCCAGUGGACCAAAAAGAUGCCAAACUUGCAACAAAAGUCCAGCCAAAAACUUCAACAACAGACUCUCAGGAUGGCAAAGACGAGUUGUGAUCAAGGUCUGGACCAGAAGAACAGAAUCACUUUUUUUUCAAUCAACGACUCACGAUCGGCGCUAACGAGCCCAGCUGACUGUCACCAACGUCAACAUAGCAGAAGAAAGCCGGCAUGUUCUCGGUUGGAAAAGGAAACACAAACAGCAAAAUGUGAGGACCCUCAGUCAUUGGCUGCUAUUCAAGAUGUUCCCAUGUCCUCAGGUCGGAUGAUGUCAUUCCUCCUCCACUCUUUAUGUUUCACUUAAUGACAUCCAUUUCAUAUUCUUGCAAAACAAUUUUUGUGUGAAUGCUCCAAAGCAAAAUUCAUCUAUUUAUUAUUAUUCAACUACUUCAACUUUUUCUUCUUCUCCAGAUUUUGGCGCGCUCUACAUUCCACAUUUUUCAUCCGAUUCAAACCGUUCCAACUUCAAACUUUUCAGCCUAUUCUGGAAUCGCGGUCUUUCCCUUGACAAAUUAGAAAAAAAUCCCAGAUUUUCCAGAAAUCCUGGUUUUCUGGGACAUUUUUCCCCAUUUAAAAUUAAUUGACCAUUUUUCAAACAUUCACCAUUUCCACGUUUUUUCAACCUAUUCAAACCAUUCCACCUUCAACACAUUCCACCAACUUGGAAAUUAAAAACAUUAUUUUUCCAAGUUUAAAAAAAUUCCAGGACUUUCCAGAAUUCCUGGUUUUCCAAAGCCCCAUUUCCAAUCUUUUUUCUGGCGACUACUCCUCCCACAUUUUUCAACCCACUUCAGCCGUUCCACCGUCAAAACAUUUCUCUUAAUCAGGACAAAACAGUUUUGUUUUUUUUUACUGGAAAAAUUCCCGUUUUUCCCAGGAAUUCCGUAAUACCAUCUCUCAUUUCAACAUUUCUCGACCGAUUUGAAAAAUUCCAACACCAAACAUUUCAACUCAUUCAGACCAUUAAAAAAAAAAAUCCCACUUUACCUGAAAUUCCCAUUGAAAUCAACGUUCCACAAGUCCCACAUUUUCACCUGAUUCAAACAGUUUCCACUUCAAACUAUUCAGCCUAUUCAGGAAUUGAGGUUUUUCCCUUGACAAAAUUCAAAAAUUCCCAUAUUUCCCAGAAUUACAGGUUUUCCGGGACAUUUUUCCCCAUUCAAAAUUGGUUCCAAACUUCCACCAUUUCCACAUUUUUCAACCCCUUCAAACCAUUCCACAUUCAACAUAUUCCACCAUUCUGGGAAUUUUCCAGAAUUCUUGGUUUUCCAAAGCCCUAUUUCCGCCCUUUUUUCUGGCGACUACUCUUCCCACCUUUUUCAACCGUCAAAACAUUCCUCUUAAUCAGGACAAAAAAACUAAGUUGUUUUUUGAACUGGAAAAAUUCCUGGAUUUCCCGAAAUUCUAGGAAUUCCGUAAUACCGUUUGUCAAUUCAACAAGUUACUACUUCAACAUAUCUUGACCGAUUUAAAAAAUUCCAAAACCAUCUCAUUCAAAUCAUUUAAGUUUUUUUUGUUACCAUUUUCAAGAAAAUUACCCAAAAUUCCCAAUUUUAGGGGAAAUCCCAUUUAAAGCUCAAUGGGUCAAAACACGCUGAGGCCCUCCACAAGAAGGGACAGAGGCUAGGAUCCUUCAAAGUCUGUACAAAGAUGUUGAAGAUGUUAUACGAGUCGGUGGUGGCGGGCGCCUUUUUGUAUGUCGUGGCUUGCUGGGGCAGCGGGCUGAGAGUGAGGGACACAAACAGACUGGACAAGUUGGUAGAGAAGGCCAGUAAUGUGGUGGGAGUGGAGCUAGACUCUCUGGCGGUGGUGUCAGAGAGGAGAAGUCUAGCAAAACUCCUAGCCAUUAUGGACAACACCUCUCACCCACUACACUUGGACCUUGCAGAGAGAAUGAGCACAGUCAGUGGAAGGCUCAGACUCCCAAAAUGCAACACGGAACGACACAGGAGGUCCUUCAUACCGACAGCCAUCAGACUGUAUAAUGCAUAUGUUCCUUGACUGUACUUAAAUGUAGAAUAUAUUUAUACUAUUUAUAUAUUAUAUAUAUUAUAUAUUAUUUAGUAUUAUUAUUGUCUAUUGUGAGCGAACUGUGGUGCUGAAUUUCCCCAGGGAUCAAUAAAGUACUUUCUAUUCUAUUCUAAA